AUCAAUAUGCAAAUAAAAAAAUCAAUAUGCAUUAUUGUGUAGCACAUCUCAAACUUUAAUAUAUUUACUUAAACUUUAAUAACAUAUUUACUUUAAAUGUCAUUCAAAGCCUAGUUACUAAAAUGUUAGUGUCCUCAAAGACUUUAAGGUAUUUCUACACCCCAGCUGUCAAAUAUAACUUAAAUGUAAUAAUUUAAUAAUAAAGUAGUUCUUUAGCGCUAAAAAACAAACACACAAAAAACCCCAAAACACAACUAAAUGCAGUGUGCAUGCACUUGCAUAAGGUAGGACCUAAAAUUAGGGAUCACCAACAGAAAGAAUGUUAUUUAUUCCCUGAUUACCAGUAAAAUGAAUAGGCCAAUGGCCAGGAGGAAGCCCAUGGCUGAUCCCAUCCUGAAAAGACUACAUUGCGUGGGAAACCAGAGAAGUUGGUGAGCAUUUGCUCUAGUGUCCAAGAGCACAUCCUUUACGUUUUCUUGCCAUCCAAAUCCAGUAAAGAAGGCGCGGGGUGGGGGGCGAGAGUAAGAGAGGAAGUGAGGAGGAGAGAGAUGGGCAGAUGGACUGGGAUCCCGGGGAAAGAAUUGCCCGCCUAGCCACACCCCGGUUUCCCAGGUAACGCGGUAAACAGAACUUGAGCUCCUUUCCCUCUGUGAACUCCAUAGGUGUAGAGUGGUAGGCAGAAAGUAGCGGGGAGUGAAGAUGUGCUCUUUCGUGAGAGUAGGGUCCUCCAAAGGGUUAGAGCCCCCAAAGAAAUUGGAAACUUCCCUUGGGACCGGUACAGGUUUCCCCUUAGUGAUGAGUGCUGUUGGAGGCACGAGGGUGUCUGAGAGGAAGUCUCCCCUGAGCAUGGGAGUCGGAUUAACCCACAAAGGAAAGGAUGAUGUAGGAGAGAGGAGGGUGUUCAGGGGAACAAUAUCUCCCACGGAGUGUGGGCUCAGGGGAGGAUUAAAAAAAGACUCCCAGUGGAGGGAGAGCCCCUUGGUUAGUGAUAAAUACGAGGAGAGAACGGCAUCAUCAGAAACAAAAUCUCCAUUGAAUAAGGGGCUUGAACUUAAAUUAAAAAGACAAGAUAUUUCUAGGACCCCCUUGGAGAGGAGUAAUUUAGGUAUCAACAGGGUCUCAGCCUCACAGGAAACAAGACCUUCCCUGGAUAUGUUGCCAGAAAAUGAGUGUCUUCUGGCAAAGUGUUCUGGAAGGAGAAUACAGCAUCCCUCGGGUAUGGUGUGUGAAAGUCCGCAGGCUCUGGGGAGCAGGAGAGGUCCUGUGGCUGGUGCCCCUGAAGGGUUUGGGGCCUCAGUGGAGAAGCAGCAGGCUUUGGGUGCGGAACCUAGCCAGGAACUGGAAAAAGAGCCCACCUGUGUGGUGAUGAAGCCCAGUGUAGAGAUGACGUCUCCCGUGGAGGUGGACAUUGGGCUGCCCCAGCCAGAGGAGCCAGAUGCCACGAAGAAUACAGAGCCCCUAAUGGGCUUGGUGAUUGAACCUUCUGAGUGCCAGUUCGCCCAACAGCCUGAAGAGAAAAGAGAGGCUGAAAACUUUGAACCAGGAGUAGAACCUCCAGAUCGCAUCAGACCCAUCUACGCUGGGAAAUUUUUUGAUCGAAUGCCGUGCUAUCCAAGUGCAGGGAAAGUUAUUCCGAUUGGAUACAGAGUUGCAACCUGCUUGACUGAAAAACUUCCAAGGCCAAUUACUCCACCUGAGGCAAAAAAAUUUUUCAACUUCAGAUACCCACCUGCUGGAGCCGAAAGAGUAUUUUAUGGCAGAGCAAAUGAUCCUCAAAUUGCACCGUAUUUGACACAUGGAAUAAGAUCUAAAGUUUCAUUACCGGCAAAUGUAUUGAUAAACCCACAGCCUAUUACAACAUUUCAACAGAAAAUUAAAGAUAAAAAGGAAUCAAUAUAUUUUAGUAAUCAACGAGCACCAUUAGGAAAAUCUCAUGAUCAAUCACCAGGAUUACCUAAAGGCCUGGAUGUACUCAAUACGACAUUUGGAACAACAGUCAUCAGAGAUAUAUCUGCUCGAGAUGUGGUGAAUCCACCGAAACCCUAUCAUGAAGUAUUUAAAGAAGGAGAGGAAGGGCAUGACCUAUAUGUUGUUUCUCACAAUGAUUAUUAUGUGGGAGAAGCAAAGAACCGAAAGUAUAACCCAUCAACUUUCCAUAGGUUUAACCUGUACGGGGCCCCAACACCACAUUUUAAUGAUGGACGAACCAUGGCAAAAAGUUUAUAUUGGCUCCAUGAAUUACAAAUGAAAAGAGGAGCUAAGGUUGUAUCCAAGAGAAUUGAUGAUUUCAAAGAAAAGUUUCAACAUAAACUUGGAAGAGUCUUUGAUCCCAUUGCAGAAACAAUGAAUGUUCAUCCGGACCACACAUUUGGAGCUUGUCUCCGUCCUGACGACUAUGGCUCUGAUGAUCUCAUCUAUAAUAGACUCCCGAGUGAAUAUCUUCGAGGCAAGGAUAGGGAGCGAGCCAUGGUUGCAGCAGUUCGUCAUCACUUGAAGAACGUUAACUGCGAAAGGUUUGACUCUUUGCUGACAGCCUUCAGGCACUAUGACAAGAAGGCAGAUGGGGUGAUAGAUAAAGAUGAACUUCUGGAAGCUUGUGAGCAGGCCAACUUGCACUUGGAUGAGAAGCUCCUGGACCAGCUAUUUGACUACUGUGAUGUGGAUAAUGAUGGGCUGAUUAGCUACCUGGAAUUUGCAAAUUAUCUUACCUGGAAAGAUAAAAUGCCUCUGAAAGAGUAUGAAGAGAGGGUUGUCAUUAAAGGUAAAAAGCCAGAUUGUGCAAACCCUGCUGAGGAUAAUGCUGAAGAAUCAGAACCAACCCUCCUGGUACAGCCUGAAGACAUUGUCUUAAAUGAGAACUCAGAAAAGACUCUCCGGACACUUCAGAGGCCAAGCGAUAAAGUUUCCAGCCACUAUAAGACCACUUCUUCUGAUAUCAAUGCGGUUGUAGGAGCUGUCCCUACCAUCUGUUAUCCCAUCUAUGGCGUUCCAACCAUUCGAUCUGAUAUCCCUGCCCCCAGAAUUCGCCGCAUCAGUGAUAGAACGAAUUAUGGUGAAGAGGGAAAUGCCUAUUCGUUGCUGUAUCCUUCCAUCUUUGGCCAGAAAGGAGUGUUUGAAAGAGACUUCUUCCAAACCAGAUCCAAAAAAGAGAUUGCAGAGAUAUUAUGUAAGAUUGGUGUCAAGCUUUCUGAUGAAGAAUUUGAAAAUGUAUGGAAUCUUGCAUCAAAAAAACAUCACAGAGGAGAAGUCUGUAUUGAGACCAUUAGGAAUGUUCUAGAUGAGCUACUGCAUGCAGAACGGGUGAAGUGUAAAACAACCAUGUGAUAUUUUGGGAGUUCAUUCAUUUAAAUAAAGGAAUUGUUAAAUCUA